UAGUGUCCAGGAGUGUGAAGAUCAGGGAAGAUCAAACUACCUACUGUAGGUUGACCCCUGAGUCUCUGUGUCUCCUCUUCAAGGAUACAGGUUGCACCCUAAGGGACGCCAUCCCAGUCCUGCUGAGUUCUGCCAAAGCCGCAAUGUCACAAUUCUGUACAAUGCCACCUGGAGAGAGGAAGAAGCGUGCCGCAGCUAUAUGCCAAGAGGUCCAUGGUACCAGCGGUGACGUUAUGGACCUCGGAAAGAAGCUCAGCAUUCCUAAAGACAUCAUGUUGGAGGAGUUAUCUCUGCUUUCCAACAGAGGUUCUCGGCUUUUCAAAAUGCGCCAGAGGAGAUCUGACAAAUACACGUUUGAAAGUAUUCAAAAUGAAGCAAACGCGCUGCUCAAUAGCGACAUUUUGAAUGAAAACACACACAGUGUGGAAAUAAAGGUGGAGCCACCAGCCAAUGGAAAUAAUGCAGAAAAAAAAGAUUCAGUAACGACUACUGAGAAGUUAAAUCCCACAGCUACGCACAAGUCCUAUCACUCCCCAUGGGAGGAGGCCCUCCUCCGUAACCCUGACCUCGCUGAAACUCUUAAACUAAAAAUGCCAGCAGCAGACCCACAGCAAGACCUUCCUGAAUACAAAUGCUUCAACCGGGUUGCCACUCCUUAUGGUGGCUUUGACAAAGCUCCCAGAGGAAUCACAUUUAAACUACCUGAGGUGGAUCUGAACCCCCCAAAAUACCCAGAACUCCAGGACACAGGGAUGAAGCGACCCACCUUCAACAGAACGGCCCAGGGAUGGAUAUCUGAGGGCACCCAUCUGAUUGUACCUACUAUUACCCUGGAGCCUAUCCCAGUCCCAGAGUCUGAUGACCUGUAGAUGAUUUUAUGCAAAAUGUUGCCAACUUGGUGAUGCCUGUGACAAAAAACAGCCAAUUAGUAAUGCAGAUUUAAAAAAAAAAAAAGAAAAAAAAGAAAAAUUGAGAUUUUAAUGAACACAGAGAGUUUCAUGCAUUUGAUAAUCUCUUAACUUUAAUGUUUACUGCCGUGGAAAACAUGCAUCAAAGAAAACAAUGUAAAUAGAAAAAUGAAUGUGCCCCUACAUAUUCCAGGAAGAGUCUCCAGAGAUACUGAAAAUAUAUCUGUAAAUUAUAAAGA